AUGAGGCCCUGGUCACUGUUAUCGUCUAGGAAAAUCAAAGGAUUAUGCUCUACGAAACUGAGAUGGAUUGGAAAGACGCAUAAGCACUUCUCUUCUAUUCAUUUGAUCGAUUCCAGCCUAUCUCCAACCGAACGUAACGAAAUUUCACGGAAGUUCAAGUACUACUUCAAUUCGGUCCGUUCAAACGCCUUAGAGAACUUCGUUUCCGAUGUCAACGGCACCUUCUACCGAAUCACUGUCGAUUUCCAUCUUAUCGCUACACAUAUAAAAACGCGGUCGCUUUUGGUGGAGGCAGUGGUGGUUUUUCACUGGAUUGACGAUCGUCUAGUACUUAGGGAACUGUUCGACGAUUUCGAACUUCCCAGCGAAUUUGUGCCAUGGCUGCCUAGGGUACGUACCAUUCCCAAACCACACACCGUCACAGAUAUAGUACCAUGCAGUGCGACCGAAUGGAAAUAUCCGUUCGAAUCGUUCGAAUGUGAACUCGCCACUGAAAAUGCUGGAGCACCAUUUCCACAAUCCGUCGUCCACCUGAAGUUUGCGGCAGAUUGGCAUCUCGCGGUGCUUUCGGUGUUCCUGCCAUCGUUGCUGAUCGUUGCUCUCGUGUUUUUCGCUCAAUGGAAACGUCGAAAAGUCCAAGUAUUGGUUUCACUCGCAGCAAUAAUGUGCAUGCUGAUUUUGUUGGUCGGUUCGCGACCGUACCAAUCAGCAACAUUUCUCGACUUGUGGAUUUGUGGGUGCUUCAUACAUACUGCCUUUCUGUUGGUCGUUGACUUAACCCUACCGGCACGGAGGGUGACCUACGCUCUUUUGGUUGAUGCGGACGAGUUGGAUCGGCAACCCCGACAUGCGGUCCUCAAAUUGCCUUCCGAAUCAGUGAGUUCUCAAUUUCGCCUUUCUACGCUCUCUCGUACAGAACUCUUUCAGGCCGUGCUACAACGAGAAAUAACGACAACCAGUCUUGGAGAGCGCAAAAAAGCCGCACUUCUUGUCGUUGCGGCCAGCUAUGCGAUUUCUGUGCUUGCGUAUUGCUUAGUAGUUCUGUAUAUUGAUUGA